AUGCUAAUGUUCCGAGAAGAAAAAUCACCUGAAGAUGAAAUAAAAGCGUGGCAAUUCUGGCAUGGAAGACAGCAUUCGGUCAAACAGAGAAUAUUAGAUGCCGAUACAAAGAACAGCAUCGGUCUCGCCGGCUGCAUCGAGGAGGUGGCACAUAACGCCAUAGCCGUCUACUGGAAUCCACUCGAAAGCGCGGCAAAGAUCAAUAUCGCGGUACAGUGUCUCAGUACGGAUUUCAGCAGUCAAAAGGGCGUGAAGGGUUUACCACUACAUAUACAAAUUGAUACUUUUGAAGAUCCACGGGACACACAAGUUUACCACCGAGGUUACUGCCAAAUCAAAGUGUUCUGUGAUAAGGGUGCUGAAAGAAAAACAAGAGACGAAGAAAGAAGGGCGGCGAAAAGGAAAAUGUCAGCCACGAAUAGAAAGAAACUUGACGAAAUAUACCAUCCAGUUACAGAAAGAAGUGAAUUCUACUCGAUGGCUGAUCUUUCUAAACCUCCCGUCUUGUUCAGUCCCGCCGAGGAUAUUGAUAAAUUAGCAGGAAUGGACAUCCAAGGCUUCUACGGUCAUGACGAGGCGGUUCUUGCAGAGGCGCAUUUAAAAGGCGCAUCCCCAUUUUUAUUACACGCAGCGAAACCCCAAGCGCCAGCGCUAAAAUUCCAUAACCAUUUCCCACCGGACGCACCAGCAUAUCGACCUGAUGUGGGCGGACUAUCUCCAUACAGUGAUCGCAAGGACUCAUUAGAGUUGGAAGGUGUGCUGGGUAAGCGAGCGCGCACUUCCACGCCGCCUUUGAGUGAGCGCGUCAUGUUGUACGUACGUCAAGACACAGACGAGGUGUACACGCCAUUACACGUCGCCCCGCCCACUACGCAAGGCCUGCUGCACGCCGAUUACGGCCAAAAUUGAUGAUGAAAUGUUGGCGUAUUACUGCAACGAGGACCUUUUCUUAUUGGAGGUACGACCUGCAACUGUAAACGAAGACGAACCUAUCUAUGACAUUACGUUCGUUGAGCUCUCGGUCGACCACUAGCGACUGCACACAUGCCGCACGUUUGCGUCGUUCGAUAGCGCGCUUAAGGGACAGUAUUAAGCGUUCCUACGUAACAUCAAGACCUUGAAAUUUUUAAGACGUUCGAAACAUCAAAGACGUCUAGAAACUUUUUAAAUGAGCUUAAAGAAGUGUAUACUCAAAACGAGCGCCCGCCUAGUGCAGUUGAUAAGUGUUAUAUUGUCACUCACUACGCCCUAUUCUGUCUCAUGUAGAUGGUAUUUAACAUGUAGCAUCUCCUUCCUGACGGCGUAUAAACACUCCCUUUGUAAGCACAUAAAAAUAUAUCAUGUAUAUUAAUUUAUGAAUGAGAUAACGUUGUCUCUAAAUGUGUCGAUCUCAGAUUGAAAUUACUUUUAAGCGAUUCAUCACCAUAACAUUGUUUAGAUGGAACAGUACGUCACAAAUUCGUUAGUCGCUAUGUGGACGACGUUAAGAUCAUUAUUGUAUAUAUCUAAUUAAGUGCCUUAUGAAAUUACAGAGUGUAGGUGAUGCAGGUCGUUGUGUUAUGAUGGCAAUGUUAUUUCUAUAUUUGGUAACUAGAGUACCGUUCGUGUCUUAUGUAAAUUAUAAUGUUGCUGAUUAUAAACGCGUGUGCCAUUCACUCGGUUAUCAUACUAGUUGUAUGUAGUUAUCGUUUCAACAGGUACCUUUUAAUCUUGCCAUGAUGAUAAACUAAGGAAUUCUUGUCACAAAACUUAUUCUGUAGACGUAUUGUCUACACACUAAAGCGCAAAGUGCCUUCAUCGUAAUAAUGUUAUAUCUAAUUUAAGUGAGUUAAGUCAUUUUACAUGCCAUCCACUUUGUUAAGUUUUAUAUAAGUAAGUUUGGUCUAAGCUCGCUCAAUCAUUCAUUUAGUAAAGUUUUUAGUUUUAGGUUACAACGUCUUUGGCUUCCUUUGAGUCUAUAUUAUAAUCAUUUGUUCAUCUCCGACACCAAUUUAAUAUAUAUCUACAAUUCAGAAACAUAAAAUGGAAGCAAAGGACGAUAUUUAAAAUUUUAAAUGAGACGAGUCGCAAUUUGCAUAAUGUAUGAUAAAAUAAUAUAGUCAUUUAGACUUAGUCAUAAAAGUCGUCCAUUGGAACAGCAUUAACAUUAUCAUCGAUGGGAGUGGUUUGUGUAUACGUAAUUUAAGGUUUUAUAGAUAAUACAUAUUGUUAUUUUAAUUAAUUGAAAUCGAUACGUUAGUUAUCGGGCCAUGACAACGUUUAGUUUACGAAGUAUUUGUGUCCAAGACUUAUUUAUAUUGUAAGACGUCAUUCUAAAUAUUAUCGAAUUUUUUAUGUCUAUUAGCCAUUUGGAUAUCGCAUUAAAAUAUCAUAAAUAUCGUAUAGUCGUGACUAUGAUUUAUCAUAGCUUUGUGGUUUAAGUUAUAUAAUGGUUUGAGUAUUGAUUACUUACUUGAAUAUUUAUUGUAAAAAUGCACAUGCUUUUAAUAUGUGUCGAUGAGGGGUUUGAUUUUACCAAUAUUUAUUUGUAUUUUUCUAUUCAGAUGCAAAACUAUCUAUAUUUAUGACAUUAUUUAAGAUUAAACUCCACCGAAUUAUCUUCUUCUAAAUUCAGAAAUGUAACGGUCACAUACCCGUGUUUCGCUGUAGAUGGAACCCAUGAUUGCGAUACGUUAAGUGCCUUGUGCGAACGGUUCGAUUAACUGCCAUAUUAUGACAUAAUUUAGAUUACUAUGACUUUAGACGUAGAUUUUACUGUAGUUCGUGUCGUAUGACUUGCAGGUAAGCAUCGAAUUUUGAUUAAGAUACGUAAUGUUAUUGAAUAUUGAUAUAAUUCAUAUAUUUUUAUAUUGUUUUUGUUUCGUUCUUUUAACUAAGCUGCUAGCUGUUGUGACUGCUCUAAACGACGGUCGUUUAUUUCUUCCAUUUGGCUUACACUCGUUAAUGACACGCCACUACUUAAAAGUAUUAUAUUGUAAUCUUUACGAAUACGUUAAAUUCUCAAAGAUGUCGUGAAUUGCUCAAAGUCCAUUCGCGUCUCGCGCGGACUGUAAUGACACUGUUAUUACUUGUAACUACUUCACAACUAUAUUUAUUUAUGUACUUACGUAUUAUAAUAUUAUGUUAAAUUGUGCAGCUUUAAUUUUUUUACUUAAAAUGAAGUUAGAUCGUGAUUCUGAAUCUCGUCAUAAGUCACAAAUGUCAGUAGCAAUAAACUUAAAGCAGUAGUAGCUAGAUUAAUGGUCGCGGCGAAGUCGACGCGCCUCCGCGCCUGCCCCGAGGUUGUGCAAUGUAUACUAGAGUUUUUGUGUAUUUGAAAUGUUAGAUCAUUUGCAGCAUUAACAUAAUUUGAUUUUAUAUAGUUAUCAUUUCAAUGUAUAAGUUACUGUUUUGUUUCUACCGUUUGUAAAUUGUUUUACUUUUCUGGCAUUUUAUCUAUUUCUAAUGUAUAUCUAUAAUUUUCUUUGCGUUCAUACUGAUUUUAUUUACGUAAGUGAUAGGCACCGUUUUAAGCUAUAAACACAUGGGUGAACAGAUAUUUUUACGUUUUGCAGUACCUAUAUUUGAUGAAGUUAAUGCUCUUUUGAUGUUUGGGUUUCGGGAGUAAGUAUCAGGGUGGGCGGUGAAGGUGCGGCUCGGCAGCGGCCCGCUGAGUCACACUAGUUAUACAAUAACGAUCACAUCCAGAAAGUGGUAGCACUUAUGUUAUAGAAUUUUCAGAACUAAGUUUAAAUUGAAUAGAUGUUACGUUAUUCUUUUAUAUAAAAUAUUUGUAAGUUGUCAUAAAAAUAUUAUUAAUAUAAUUAUUUUUAUCAAAGUUUAUAAUCUAAAUAAAAAUGUUUUUCUUCAAAACGUCAGAGCAGUUUUUCUUGUUUUUAUUGUUUUCCUAUUUAAACCCCACCCCGUGAAAGGUAAUUGCCGACAAGAAACAAAUUUAUUGUAAUUUGAAUACAAUACAUUAAUUAAAAUUAUUCGAUGGUAAAGAAAACGACCAAAAACUGUUUUAAUUUAUUAUUAAAACAUACGAUAACAAUAAUGUUCACAUAUUUACACACUCAGAAGCAAUAGUGAAAUAGCAUAAGCUUUAUUUUAAAAAGUUUAAGAUUUCUUCAAGAUUUAAUAAAUCGGACAUUUUAAUGUAGAUAAGUAUGUAUAGUUUAUGCUUAUAGUUUGUUUUACAGACGCUAAAAGCAAGCUUAGAUAAAGUAGUCUCAUUUACAAU